AACACGGUAUGUGUGUGUUGAGGUUGAACUCAAACUCCCCCUGGCCCCUUCGUAGUUCUUAUCCGGUUGUUGACUUGGUUAGAUUCUCAGUCUGAUUCAGAAACUGGUUGCUGAAAAUGAGCGGCGGCAGUCUAGUAAGGAGGAGCAGCAGCAGAUUGAUCAGCUGGGCCACUCACAGCAACUACCGCCCAUUCUCAACCUCCUCCUCGUCAGCUGGAAAAUCACUCAACCUCUACUCUGCCAUCAACCAAGCCCUUCAAAUCGCCUUGGAAACUGAUCCACGUAGUUAUGUAUUCGGAGAGGAUGUUGGCUUCGGCGGGGUCUUCCGCUGUACCACUGGCUUGGCUGAUCGCUUUGGCAAGAACAGGGUUUUCAAUACCCCUCUUUGUGAACAGGGCAUUAUCGGAUUCGGUAUUGGUCUAGCAGCUAUGGGAAAUAGAGCUGUUGCGGAAAUCCAAUUUGCAGAUUAUAUUUUCCCCGCGUUUGAUCAGAUUGUCAAUGAAGCUGCAAAAUUUAGAUACCGAAGUGGAAACCAAUUUAACUGUGGAGGCUUAACCAUAAGAGCUCCCUAUGGAGCUGUUGGCCAUGGUGGACAUUACCACUCACAAUCUCCUGAAGCUUUCUUUUGUCAUGCUCCUGGUAUCAAAGUGGUUAUCCCUAGAAGCCCAAGACAAGCAAAAGGCUUAUUGCUUUCCUGUAUACGCGAUCCAAACCCUGUUGUGUUUUUUGAACCAAAGUGGUUAUACAGAUUAUCAGUAGAAGAGGUUCCUGAGCACGAUUUCAUGUUGCCUUUAUCAGUGGCCGAGGUAAUACGAGAGGGAAAUGAUAUAACACUUGUUGGGUGGGGAGCUCAACUAUCCAUAAUGGAACAGGCCUGUCUAGAUGCUGAAAAAGAGGGAAUUUCGUGUGAACUAAUAGACCUGCGUACUCUGAUACCUUGGGAUAAGGACACAGUGGAGGCUUCUGUCAACAAGACUGGAAGGCUUCUUAUUAGUCAUGAAGCUCCAGUUACAGGAGGAUUUGGUGCCGAAUUAUCUGCUUCAAUCGUUGAAAGAUGCUUCUUGAGGUUAGAAGCACCAGUCUCUAGAGUAUGUGGUCUGGAUACGCCCUUCCCUCUUGUGUUUGAACCCUUCUAUAUGCCUACAAAGAACAAGAUAUUGGAUGCAAUUAGAGCAACUGUAAAUUACUAGUACUGUAAAAAUGCAAGCAUGCUGCUUUCCUUCCCUCUUCCUAGAAAAUUACUCACAGUUCACCACCAUCGUCUUGCAAAUAAAAUUAGACUGGAAUAUGUAGCAGCAGCCAGUGUGCCCAAGAUUAGAUUUUACAACAAUGAAAUUUUCUGAAGAAUGUGAUUGUAGAAUCAAGUUGACACCCAUAUGGCCUUGCCGAACCAAGGUUUACCUUGUGGCGGAUGUCAGCGGUUCGAACCAUGCACCUAAUUGAACUCUUAUACACUCGAUCUUUUUAGUUAAUAGACACUGCAUACUCAAUUCGUGCA